AAUGUCUAACUACACGUGUUUAUUCUUAACACUGCUUAUGUGUACGUCAUUUGCUUCAUCCAAUCGCCGUGUACGUCGUCAAAAUCGCUCCGAUCAAUUACUUGCUGAUAUUGGAAUACGAGCAGAGUCUUAUGAUCCACGCUUGCUAAAAAAUGGCAUACAACCAUAUACGAAAAUCGAUCAGGAUCUACGUCAUUUGUUUCUUGGCACCCGACGUACCACACUCAAUUGGGCUCUGCGAAAUCUGGAAAGACUUAAUGAUCGCAAUACGCGUGAGGGAAAAAUGCAAUCACCAAUAUCGAAGAAGACACCAUUUCCCUGCCCAUUGAACAAUACGCGGUCUUCGAGCCCGCCCACAUCGAUAGAACGAUUACGUCCCGGUGAUAUUGAUAUUAUAGCUGCCUUUGGAGACUCACUAUCGGCCGGCAAUGGCAUUAUGUCCAAUAAUGCUUUCGAUAUGAUCAAUGAGUUUCGUGGAUUGACCUUUUCAGGAGGUGGCCUAGCUGAUUGGCGGCAAUUCCUUACCUUACCCAACAUCUUGAAGGUUUUUAACCCAAAACUCUAUGGCUAUGCAGUGGACAAUGCUUUGGUGAUCAAUCAUCGAUCUUCGCGUCUAAAUAUUGCCGAACCAUUGAUCAUGUCACAAGAUCUACCAUUUCAAGCUCGAGUGUUGAUUGAUCUACUGCGCCGUGAUCCAAAUGUCGAUAUGAAGAACCAUUGGAAACUUCUCACCGUUUUUGUGGGUAACAAUGAUAUUUGCACAGAUCUGUGUCAUUGGGAUAAUCCACAAGAUCUUCUCAAUCAGCAUGCCAAGGAUUUGCAACGAGCAUUUCGCCUUCUACGCGACAAUGUGCCUCGCUUGCUAAUCAAUGUGAUUGUGGUGCCCAACAUUAUGCUAACUUUGAGUACCAUGAAACAAGUUCCCUUGCAAUGCUUUGUCGUACAUCGUGUGGGCUGUCAUUGCCUGAUCAAUGAUCGCUUAUCGCGCUCGGAGCUGGAGCAACGUCUUAAAACGGUUCAACGUUGGCAACAAUUAGAUAUGGAAGUGUCCCGUUUGGCUGAAUUUCAACGUGAGGAUUUCGCCAUCAUAUCACAUCCCGCGUUGGCCAAUGUUUCGGCAAGCAUUUUGCCAAAUGGACAAUCGGAUUGGCGAUUUUUCUCUCACGAUUGUUUUCAUUUCAGUCAACGUGGUCAUGCGCUAAUAUCAAAUUUAGUUUGGAAUGGCAUGCUUUUGCCCGAUGAGCUGAAACCGCGACCAAAAAAAAUGUCAGCACGAUUUCCAAAACUUAUGUGUCCUACGGCAGAUCAGCCUUAUUUAAUAGUGCGACCAAGUUAAGAAAUCACUUUCGAAAUGCUAAAUUCAGGAUUAUUGUAGAUUUUUGUAAAAAGAGUGGGUGUUUUAACUGUGAUUUAAGUCUUAAAUAAAUAAUAUGUAUUAAAAGAA